AUGGAGUCAGAGUCAUCACGUAUUUUCGUACGGGGUUUACCCCCCACCAUGAGCGAGGCAGACUUCAAGAAGCACUUUGGCAAAUAUGAAGUCACCGACGCCAGACUCUUUCCUCAGCGCCGAAUUGGUUAUGUCGGAUACAAGUCGCCUGAAGAUGCUCAAAAGGCUGUCAAGUACUUCAACCGUACUUUCAUCCGCAUGUCCAAGAUCGGCGUUGAGCUGGCCAGACCCAUCGGUGAGGCUCCCACAAGGAGACAAGGUCAAUCGUCACAACAUCCGUUGGCUAUGGCCAAGCUGCCAGCAUACAACGCGAAUGCCGAACCCAUUGUAGCCAACCUCAAGCGAAAGCGCGCCACUCCUGAACCUGAGACCAAAGAGAAGGACCCGAAGCUGAGCGAGUUCUUGACUGCUAUGCAGGCCCCUUCCAAACUUCGUGGUACUCGAGGUGAAGAGGUCAGCAUUGCCAAUCAAGAGCUCGACCCCAAGGUCGUUGUGCCCGAGGCCGACAGUGACUCCGAGUAUGAGAAUGUGCCCAAGAAGUCGAAGAGUGCAGCCCCAGCCGUGAAACCUUCACCAGUACCUACCACCACAGAUGCCAUGGAGGUUGACAAGCCCGACACAAUACAAACUGAGCAAGCAGAUGCGAGUGCCGAGCCGGCUACAGAGCAAGACACAGUCAUGAAUGACGACGAUUGGAUGCGCUCACGAACAAGCAGACUUCUCGGUCUCGCAGAUGACCAAGAAUUAGAGGAAGCCGCUGCGACCACUCAACCAUCAUAUACAGUGGCAGCAUCACUCAGUCCCGAGCUGAUCCCCGAGGCGGAGCAUGCACCGAAAGAACAAGAGUUUGAGGGCUUCGGGGACGAACCCGAACCACCGACAGACGAGGUCGAAGAAAAAGUCCGAGCCAGUCAACGCCUUUACCUUCGAAACCUUUCCUACGCUACCCAGGAAGACGACCUGCGAGGCGCUUUCACUGGCUUCGGCAAUCUAGAAGAGGUUCAUGUACCAAUCGAUCCCAAAACUGGAGCAACCAAAGGCUUCGCAUACCUUCACUUUGCCAAUGCAGACAGCGCUCUACAAGCAUUGCGUGAAAUGGAUGGCAAGGUUUUCCAAGGUCGCUUGUUACAUAUUCUUCCUGCUGCUGCCAAGCGAGAGGACAAGCUAGAUGACUUUGCCCUUUCGAAACUUCCCAUCAAAAAGCAGCAAGCCAUUAAGCGAAAGCGUGAGGCUGCUUCUGCUACCUUCAACUGGAAUUCGCUCUACAUGAAUGCCGACGCUGUUAUGUCCUCAGUGGCUGAUCGUCUCGGCGUGUCUAAGUCUGAACUGUUAGACCCCACUUCAUCUGAUGCAGCCGUCAAGCAGGCGCACGCCGAAACUCACGUCAUCCAGGAGACAAAGUCAUACUUUAAGGAGAAUGGUGUCGACAUGGAUGCAUUCAAGAAGCGGGAACGCGGCGACACAGCAAUCCUGGUGAAGAACUUCCCUUAUGAAACCAAGGCUAGUGAGCUCAAGGAACUGUUCGAACAGCAUGGCAAGAUCAAGAGAUUCUUGAUGCCUCCUUCUGGCACCAUUGCUGUUGUUGAGUUCGAACACGCCCCCGAAGCACGUGCUGCAUUCGCGUCUCUUGCUUACCGCAAGAUUCACACCUCAGUGCUUUUCCUUGAAAAGGCGCCCAAGGAUCUGUUCCAGGCGACCGCCCCGUUGACUGACAGCACGGACAGAGAGACCACCCAGGCUGGUCUCGAUGCCAAGGCUUCCGCUAGCGAAUUGCUACAGGAAACCGGUACAGAGGUGUCUGCGGGUACUACAAGUACUCUGUUUGUCAGAAACCUAAACUUCACCACAACGACAGACCGUCUCACAGAUACUUUCCGCCCUCUGUCUGGUUUCCUGACUGCAAGAGUCAAGACCAAGACAGACGUGAAGAAGCCUGGCCAAGUUCUCAGUAUGGGUUUCGGUUUCCUGGAAUUUGCCAGCAAGCAACAAGCCGCAGCUGCUAUCACGGCAAUGGAUGGCUACAGUCUAGAUGGUCACAAGCUCCAGCUUCGUGCGUCGCACAAGGCUACUGAUGCUGCUGAAGAACGCCGCAAAGAGGACAAGGCUAAGAAGCUUGCUGCCCGGGGAACCAAGAUCAUCAUCAAGAACUUGCCAUUCGAAGCGACCAAGAAGGACGUGCGCGCUCUUUUCGCUGCUUACGGUCAACUCCGUUCUGUCCGCGUGCCGAAGAAAUUCGAUAAAGGAGCCCGCGGUUUUGCUUUUGCAGACUUUACUACGCCGAAGGAAGCGGAGAACGCAAUGGAUGCCCUGCGCGACACUCACUUGCUUGGUCGUAGACUGGUUCUCGACUUCGCCGCCGAAGACCCUGAAGACGCCGAAGCCGAAAUUGAAGCAAUGGCCAAAAAGGCCGGCGCUCAGCUUAAUAAGGUCGCUUUGCAAAAGCUCACCAGCGGCGGUCGCAAGAAGAUCCGUAUUGGCGACGAUCAAGAUGGUUUGGAAGAGGUGUGA